AUGAAUUUCUUUCGAAGCGCAUCAUUGGAAACAUUGAAUUAUCUCCAUGAAUGUAAGGCCGAUCGAGAUGAACACUUGAAACAAGUCAUGGAAGAAGCACAAAUCGACAUUGACUCAAGACUUAUUCUUGAUCCUCGCGAGAAUGAGAUCGAAGAGAUCACAGACAUUGAUUUUGUCAUGGAUGCGUUAGCUACGUUCGUCAAUAGCAACACAAACAUGGCAUGUCCGAGCACAAGAAAACGGAAUAGCAAUACAUACAUGGAAACUACAUUGAAUCUGGUCGUUGGAAGUGGUCGAUUGUCGUCGCAUUCUGAUAAUACGACAAACGGUCUUCCACUCGAUUAUCUUAUUCCAGUGACCAGAGACAUAUCAACGGAAAGCAAAGAAUGGCAAGCGACCAUAGCCGAAGAAAAAGAGAAAAUUCGUAACAACCGAAUCACAGAACAUGGCAACACUGUGGAACAAGCAACAAGAUGGUUGUGUUUUACCCGUGGAAGUUAUACGUACAGUGACACCAGUGCAAGUUACGAGGAGAUAUACGUUAAACAAAGAACAACAACGAGCAAAGACCGGAAAUCGGGGCGUGUAACAUGA